GUCUCUAUCGAAUCAGCGAAUAGAGCUAUCAAAUUAACCGGUGGGAUUCUUCUCCAAGCGGACCAUGGCAGCGACUAAAACUGCUAAAGAGCAAAAAUACGAUAGACAAUUGAGAUUGUGGGGCGACCAUGGCCAAGAAGAACUUGAAAAUGCACACGUAUGCCUGAUCAAUUCCACUGCAUCCGGGACUGAAAUACUCAAGAACCUUGUGCUUCCAGGCAUUGGAGCAUUCACUAUUGUCGAUGGACACAAAGUCUCCGGGGAAGACGUCGGGAAUAACUUUUUUCUUAGCAACAACAGCAUAGGAAGGAAUCGUGCCCAGGCUGCCACAGAGCUGCUACAGGAGCUGAACACUGAUGUAUCUGGCAACUUUGUGGAGGAGAGCCCAGACAAGCUCUUGGACAACGACCCAGACUUCUUCCACAGGUUUACCCUGGUGAUUGGUGUCCAGCUGCCAGAAAGCACUUGUUUGAGACUGGGGUCGGUGUUGUGGAAUGCAAACAUACCUUUCCUGGUGUGUAGAACGUAUGGCCUCGUCGGUUACAUGAGGCUCGUAGUGAAGGAGCACACAGUGAUUGAGUCUCAUCCAGACAAUGCCUUGGAAGACCUGAGGCUUGACCAACCUUUUGCAGAACUCAAGAGCCACAUCCAGUCCUACGACUUGGAGGGAAUGGGGAAGAAGGAUCACGGUCAUACACCAUGGAUCAUCAUUGUUGCCAAAUACCUAGAAAAGUGGUUCAGUGAGCACAAUUUUCAGUUACCGAAGAACUACAAAGAGAAGGAGGCCUUCAAACAGCUUAUUCGGCAAGGAAUCCUGAAGAAUGAGAAGGGAACUCCCGAGAAUGAGGAGAACUUUGAGGAGGCCAUCAAGAACGUCAACACAGCUCUUAACCCAACCAAGAUUUCGAGCGGCGUUGACGACCUCUUCAAUGGAGAGCAAUGCAAUGCCAUUACAUCACAGACUCCAGCCUUCUGGGUGAUGACGCGAGCAGUGAGGGAGUUUGUGCAGAACGACGGCGGCGGAAACCUACCUGUACGUGGCUCCAUUCCAGACAUGAUUGCGGACUCAGAGAAGUUCAUCAACCUCCAGAAUGUUUAUAGAGAGAAGGCAAUGCAAGAUGCUUCUGUCGUGUCUAAGCAUGUAGAGUCUCUCCUGCAGUCUGUUGGAAAGCCCUCAGAGAGCAUAUCUGAGCAGGACAUCAAACUAUUCUGCAAGAACGCUGCCUUCCUGAGGGUGGUGCGCUGCAGGUCUCUGGCUGAAGAAUACAGCGUGGAGACGGUCAAUAAAGAUGCGAUCACCUGCUCCAUGGAUGGUGCAGAUGGGGAGAUGGUGUUGUACCUUAUGUUGCGCUCUGUGGACCGUUUCUAUCAGCAGCACUCCCGCUACCCAGGUGUCUACAAUUACCAAGUAGAAGAAGACAUUAGCAAGUUGAAGCUCUGUGUGAACAGCCUUCUGCAGGAGUACGGCCUCAACGUCAGUGUGAAGGAUGACUACAUCCACGAGUUGUACGUUUUCUGUCGCUACGGUGCUGCUGAGCCACACACAGUGGCAUCUUUUUUGGGAGGAUCUGCUGCACAAGAGGCCAUCAAACUCAUCACUCGUCAGUUUGUUCCCUUCAACAACACGUUCAUCUACAACGCCAUGUCCCAGACAACUGCCACGUUUCAGCUGUAGAAAGCUAUUUUCCUCCUCAAUGACAUGCACUUAACCCCUCUGUAAAAUAUAAUGAAUGGAAUGUUGCAGUGUAGUAGCAGCGAUAACUGAAAGUUUGGGUAGAUGGAGCAUUUUGCUCGUACUGUACGUUUCCACACAUUAUGUUGUGAUAAACUGAACGACUGUUUCCGAUAUACUUUUCAAUGUUCGUGUCCUGGCUGUUUUUACUGUUUGUUCACACGUUGUUGCACUUAUUAGGGCAUCAAACAUUUUAUUUUUUUAUUUUUUAUCUGCCAAAAUCAAACUAUUCAAGAAAUGUCCUGGGGUUUGAAUUAUUUCCUCUAAAGAUAACCUGCACUACACAGGCAAUGACAUUUGGAGGUAAAUACAUGUGGUGUAUAUUAGACCCCCCCCCAUCAUGUGAGCUUCAUGUUAAACAAGCAAAAUUUCCACCCUAAUUUGACCAUGAUUGUGUACAAUUGCCAACACAUUGGCCCUCAUGGCCUGAUGGUGAUAUAAACUGUGAAAGAAAAUCGGUACCCGUUGACUGGUAGAAUAACCCCAACAUGACACAAGUGUCUCUAGAUGUAAAAAAAAAAAAAAAAAAAAAAAUCACUAGGCUGUGUAAUAUAUUGUUGGUUUGGUUCCUCUCCCAGUUCAGACUAUAGAGUGUAUGUGUGUGGAGUGGUGUUGGUCACAAAAUGCAGUGUGUGUUCUGUGGUGAGCAGGCACUCUGCUGACUCCACACUUGGACCAGAAAGUCACCAUAAAGAUGUCUUGGACUAUGGCUGCCCCCCCCUAAUGAAUAAAAACGCUCUGUAUUU